ACUGAAAUAAAAGUGUCUGACACACAAAUCUUAACACCUGUAAUUUAGUUUGUGCCACUGUUGUUUCUUACAGAACAAACAACAUACAAGUAGAGUCAAAGAUAGGAGAAGAUUCAAUACUUGUAAGAACAGAAUAAUCCAAACACACAUACACAUAUUCAUAAUUUUGAUUAGUAGUACUAGUAACAUAAGAAGAAGUAGCCAAGAAAUGGGUCAAUAAUUUAUGUCCUUGACUUGUGAGUUGUUUAACUCUGUUUCAUUGUCUUAAAUUCCCUUUCUCGACCUCUUCUUCUCCAACCAUCUUCCUCUCAUCUUCCUUAAAUCUCCUUCUUACCUGCCCUAUUAAUUAUUCACUUCAUUUACACAUUGUUUUUCAGUUCUUGAAUUAGCCCAACUCAUUUUUUUAGUUGAAUCAUUCCUUUACUUAUAUUAAACUGUUUCCCAGUUGGGUUUUCAUUUCUGUACAAGAAUUUGAAGAAAGAUUUGAUCUUUAUUGCCUUGUAUAAAUUUUCUUGAUUUUUGGUGCCUAGUUGUAUUGAUAUUUGUUUUAAUUCAUCUGGGAUUUAGACAAGAUGGGAAAUUGUUGUGCAAUUCCAUCAGAUCCUUCUGUGAAAAAGAAGGGGAGAAACAAGCCAAAUCCAUUCUCAGUUGAUUAUGUUGCAAACAAUACAAAAGGUGGACACAAGUCUUAUGUUUUGGAGGAUCCCACUGGUCAUGAAAUUGAGGAGACAUAUGAGCUUGGUAAUGAGCUGGGGCGUGGCGAAUUCGGGGUUACUUAUGUGUGUACUGAGAAAUCAACAGGUGAUGUUUAUGCUUGCAAGUCGAUUUCGAAGAAGAAGUUGAGGACUAGAGUGGAUAUUGAGGAUGUGAGGCGAGAAGUUGAGAUCAUGAAGCACUUGCCUAAGCAUACAAAUAUUGUGACCUUGAAGGACACUUAUGAGGAUGAUAAGGCGGUGCAUUUGGUUAUGGAAUUGUGUGAGGGUGGAGAAUUGUUUGAUCGGAUUGUUGCUAGAGGACAUUAUACUGAAAGGGCUGCUGCAGGUGUUACUCGAACGAUUAUAGAAAUUAUUCUGAUGUGCCACAAGCAUGGUGUUAUGCAUAGGGACCUUAAACCUGAGAACUUUUUGUUUGCAAACAAAAAGGAAACAGCAGCCUUGAAGACGAUUGAUUUUGGAUUGUCCGUAUUCUUCAAACCUGGUGAGACAUUUAAUGAAAUUGUAGGAAGUCCUUACUACAUGGCACCUGAGGUGCUAAAGCGCAAUUAUGGUCCAGAGAUAGAUGUUUGGAGUGCUGGUGUAAUUCUCUACAUUUUACUCUGCGGUGUCCCACCCUUUUGGGCAGAAACUGAACAAGGAGUUGCACAGGCAAUCAUUAGGUCUGUUGUAGACUUUAAAAGAGACCCAUGGCCAAAGGUAUCUGAUAGUGCAAAGGACCUUGUGCGUAGGAUGCUUAAUCCAGAUCCUAAGAAACGUCUUACUGCUCAAGAAGUACUUGAUCAUCCUUGGAUACAAAACGCCAAGAAGGCUCCAAAUGUUUCCUUGGGUGAAAAUGUGAAAGCAAGACUCAAGCAAUUUUCUAUGAUGAACAAGCUCAAGAAGAGGGCACUACAGGUGAUUGCUGAGCAUUUGUCAGCUGAAGAAGUGGCAGGCAUAAAGGAGGGAUUCAAAGUGAUGGAUAUUAAUAACAAGGGAAAGAUAAACAUGGAUGAGUUGAGAGCAGGGUUACAUAAGAUUGGGCAGCAGAUUACUGAUGCGGAUCUCCAAAUUCUUAUGGAUGCUGGAGAUAUUGAUAAAGAUGGACAUCUGAACUAUGGAGAAUUUGUAGCCAUUUCUGUCCACCUGAAAAAGAUGGGAAAUGAUGACCACCUGCACAAAGCAUUUGCAUUCUUUGAUCAGAACAAAAAUGGAUACAUAGAGAUUGAAGAGCUUAGAGAUGCAUUGUCAAAUGAAGUUGACAGUAGUAGCGAAGAAGUUAUUAAUGCGAUCAUUCAGGACGUGGAUACAGACAAGGAUGGACGCAUAAGUUAUGAGGAGUUUGCUGCAAUGAUGAAGUCCGGAACAGAUUGGAGAAAAGCAUCCAGACAGUAUUCGCGAGAACGAUACAACAGUCUGAGCUUUGCACUUAUCAGAGAUGGAUCAGUGAAGGUGAAGGACUAGUGAGAUAACUCUCAACGUACAUAACUGCCUACCUGUAUAAUACAAAGUGUGAUGUGUUUUUCAUUUCAAAGAAGAUUUAUUUUCUUUAUUUUUUUUUGGUGAAAACCCUUGUUUGGGACCUGUAGCACGCAAGUUGAUAUCCGUCAUGUAAGGCUUCGCAGAGAUUUCUUUGUUACAUUUUUUUAUAUGUGAAGAAUGUAUAUAUAUGAGCACCGGCCUAUAAUUAAUACAUGUUACUUCUUGA